AUGGCCCUCCCACCAAAAUGGUAUCAGUUCCUAGUCAGCGUCUUCGCCUCGUUAGGCUCGCUAUUGUACGGCUAUGAUCUCGGUGUCAUUGCUGGAGCUGUUGACUCCGAGAACUUCAAGUCCACAUUCCAACCGACGAAAGCAGAAGUAGGGGCAGUAGUAUCCGUCUUCACCGGAGGAGCCUUCUUCGGAGCCAUGUUCGCAGGACCUUGUGGAGACUUUCUCGGUCGUAAGAAGACUAUUCUCCUUGGUGCGGUGAUCUUCCUUCUAGGCGGUGCUUUGCAGACAGGAGCUCAGGCGUUGAGCUAUUUGUAUGCUGGACGUGCGAUCGCUGGAAUCGGUGUUGGCUUCCUUGUCAUGAUCGUUCCUCUGUAUCAAGCUGAGUUGGCGCAUCCGGACAUUCGAGGGCGAGUCACCGCGUUGCAGCAGUUUAUGCUCGGAGUGGGCGCUUUGGUCGCCAGUUGGGUAUCGUAUGCAACAUAUACGUAUAUUCCCGCCUCGAGCAGCAAUCAAUGGCGUGUGAGUCUUGGGAUCCAGAUCAUCCCGGCUGGAUUCCUCGCUCUACUCAUCAUGUUCUUCCCCGAAUCGCCUCGCUGGCUCAUCGACCACGGCAAGGCCGACGAAGGCCUUCGAACACUUGCAAAGCUCCAUGCUCACGGAGAUGAGAACGACACCUGGGUGAGAUCUCAAUUCAAUCAGAUCCAGGACAUGAUAACCUUCGAACAUGAACAUGAAGCCAAGUCGUACACGGAGCUGUUCACCAACAAAUCGUCGUUCCGUCGAUUGUUCCUUGCCUGCUCGAUCCAGGCCUCCGUGCAGAUGACUGGCGUGUCCGCAAUCCAGUAUUACUCCCCUGAGAUCUUCCGUCAGAUUGGUAUACCCGGCUCGAAAACACUCCAAUAUCAAGGUAUAUCCUCAAUCAUCGCCCUGAUCGCCCAGUUCUGCUGUAUCCUCUUCAUCGACUGGACCGGGCGACGAUGGGCGAUGAUCGGAGGGAACCUUGGAAACUGCUUGACGUUCAUCAUCGCCACCAUCUUGCUGGCUCAGUUCCCUCCUGGAGCUUCAAACAAUCAGGCUGCGUCGUGGGGGUUCAUCGUCGUUACUUGGGCUUAUAACUUCAGCUUCUCAGCUACCAACGGCCCUCUAUCCUGGAUCGUGCCGGCGGAGAUAUUCGAUACUAGGACUCGAUCGAAGGGAGUCUCAAUCGCAACCAUGACCAGCUUCGCAUUCAACACGAUGAUCGGCCAGGUCACACCCAUCGCGCUCGAGAGCAUCGGAUAUAAGUUUUACAUCGUGUUCGUGGUGUGCAACUUCACCAAUGCUCUGUUUUUCUGGGCCAUUCAGCCAGAGACUGCGAAGCGCCCACUCGAAGAGAUGAACUAUUUGUUCACAAACGCCCCGAUCUUUAUCCCAACAAUGGACACACGCGAGUUCAAUCGUCUCGAUCUCGAGAACCGCGUGAUGGAAGCAGAGUACAAGCAGCAUGCUGCUGGCCAUGAGGAGUAG